CCGGGCCUGGGAGGGGCCGAAGGUGCGAACAAACCUCAAGGGGCUCAGAGUCGAGUCUUGCGCCCCACCCAGGCUGCGGCCGCUCGGGGAGGAAGCGCAUACAGGUUUAAUGCAAAGUUUUCUUUUUUGCUUUCUCAUCAGAGCUGCCCCAACAGGCGAUGGGCGAGAAUGCCUAACCUGAGCUUGUAGAGGGUUGGAAGCCAGAGGAGUUAAAACAAGCGACUCGCCCACUUCCCGCGUCUCUAAAACGCACACCUCGCUCUUCCGCCAUGAGCCGCCGUGACCACCUGUUCAAAGUGCUGGUGGUAGGAGACGCCGCAGUGGGCAAGACGUCGCUGGUCCAGAGAUACUCCCAGGACAGCUUCAGCAAACACUACAAGUCUACCGUAGGAGGACAGGAACGCUUCACCUCUAUGACACGACUAUACUAUCGGGACGCCUCUGCUUGUGUUAUUAUGUUUGAUGUUACCAACACCACUACGUUUAGCAAUAGCCAGAGGUGGAAACAGGAUCUGGACAGCAAGCUCACACUGCCCAAUGGAGAGCCUGUGCCCUGCCUGCUCUUGGCCAACAAGUGUGAUCUGUCCCCUUGGGCAGUGAGCCGGGACCAGAUUGACCGGUUCAGUAAAGAGAACGGUUUCACAGGUUGGACAGAAACAUCAGUCAAGGAAAACAAAAAUAUCAAUGAAGCCAUGAGAGUCCUCAUUGAAAAGAUGAUGAGCAAUUCCAGAGAAGAUAUCAUGUCUUUGUCCACUCAAGGGAACUAUAUCAAUCUACAAACCAAGUCCUCCUCCAGCUGGACUUGCUGCUAG